AACCGCUGUGUGCAGCCAUCCACUCCCGGUUCACGAUGGCAUACGUGACUUCGGUUUCAGCGUCUCAUCGACCGCUAUAAAGACUCCGGUUCGGCCGCUGUGACCCGCUGCUCGUCGGUUCAUGACCAACGGUGGCCUCGCGUCGAGGAUCGGCUCCCUUUCUUGCUCUCCCUCCUCCUCCGCCUCCUCCUCCUCCUCCUCCUCCUCGGUACCCGGGUUCAGCACCGCGGACAGCUCUCCGCUUCCUCCCGUAAACCGACGCCUGCUGCCGGGUGAUCAAACGCAAGCGGGACAGCGAGAAGUCGGCCGCACUCCGAGCACAUGAGAGACUGGACCCGCGCUGGGGGUUCCCUCUUACUUUGUUUAAACCACGAGCGGCGUAUGUGACAAAAGAGGAGAGCGUUCUGGGAGUCAGGGAAACGACGCCGAAGCAAAAUGAUCUCACGAUAUAAACCGAGUCCCGGUUCCACCAUGUCCUUGGCGUUUUGUGGGAACGAGAACAACUCGGCGGCCUACAACGUGGACGGAGGGGUUCUGAACAACGGCUGUUUCCUGGACGCGCUCAACGUGGUGCCGCACGUCUUCCUCCUCUUCAUCACAUUCCCCAUUCUCUUCGUCGGUUGGGGAAGCCAGAGCUCCAAGGUCCACAUCCACCACAGCACCUGGCUGCACUUCCCGGGCCACAACCUGCGCUGGCUCCUCACCUUCAUCCUGCUCUUCAUCCUCGUCUGUGAAAUCGCCGAGGGCAUCGUCUCCGAUGGGUACAGCCAAUCCCUCCAUCUUCACCUGUACAUGCCUGCAGGUCUGGCCUUCAUGGCUGGCAUCACCUCUAUUAUCUACUAUCAUAACAUCGAGACCUCCAACUUCCCCAAACUGCUUUUAGCCCUGCUGAUCUACUGGGUGCUGGCCUUCAUCAUGAAAACGAUCAAGUUUGCCAAAUACACAGAGCACGGCGUCGGCCCCCGGCAGCUGCGCUACUGCAUCACGGGACUCCUGGUGCUUCUGUAUGGACUCCUGCUCGCUGUGGAGAUCAAUGUCAUCAUGGGCCGGCGCUACAUGUGUUUCGCCACCCCGACCGAGGUGAAACCUCCCGAGGACCUUCAGGACCUGGGCGUUCGCUUCCUGCAGCCCUUCGUCAACCUCCUGUCCAAAGGCACCUACUGGUGGAUGAACACCUUCAUUACCUCGGCCCACAGACGACCCAUCGACCUCAAGGUCAUCGGCAAGUUGCCCAUCGCAAUGAGAGCGCUCACAAAUUACAUAAAGCUACGCAAGGCCUUCGAAGACCAGAAGAGGCCUCAGGGAACAGCUCCCCAGGGCCCCAAGUGGAUCUGGCAGGCCUUGAGGAAAGCGUUUGGCAGGCCUCUUAUCCUCAGCAUCACGUUCCGCUUCCUGGCCGACCUGCUGGGCUUUGCCGGUCCUCUCUGCAUCUCCGGCAUCGUCCAUCACAUCAGCAAGGACAACCGCACCAUUCAACCACCGAUGAGGCUGCUGGGGAUUUAUUUCAUUUCAUCCAAGGAGUUCCUAGAGAACGCGUACGUGCUGGCCGUGUUGCUCUUCUUCGCCCUCCUCCUGCAGAGGACCUUCCUGCAGGCCUCCUACUACGUGGCCAUCGAGACGGGCAUCAACCUGCGCGGGGCCAUUCAGACCAAGAUCUACAACAAGAUCAUGCGCCUGUGCACGUCCAACAUGUCCAUGGGCGAGCUCACCGUGGCUCAGAUCUGCAACCUGGUUGCCAUAGACACCAACCAGCUGAUGUGGUUCUUCUUCCUCUGCCCCAACCUGUGGGCCAUGCCAGUGCAGAUCAUUGUGGGAGUGAUCCUCCUCUACUACCUCCUGGGAAUCAGUGCCUUGAUCGGAGCGACCGUCAUCGCUGUGUUGGCGCCCGUGCAAUACUUUGUGGCCACCAAGCUGUCCCAGACGCAGAAGAGCACGCUGGAGUACUCCAGCGAGCGUCUGAAGAAGACCAACGAGCUGCUGCGGGGCAUCAAGCUGCUCAAGCUCUACGCCUGGGAGCGCAUCUUCUGCGACAGCGUGGAGGAGACCAGGGGCAAAGAGCUCACCAGCCUGCGGGCCUUCGCUCUCUACACGUCCAUAUCCAUUUUCAUGAAUGCGGCCAUUCCCAUCGCGGCUGUUUUGACGACGUUCGUGGUUCACGUCCACAUCUCGGAGGACGCGGACCUGUCCCCGGCCGUGGCCUUCGCCUCCCUGUCCCUCUUUCACAUCCUGGUGACCCCCCUCUUCCUGCUCUCCAGCGUCGUGCGCUCCACCGUCAAGGCUCUCGUCAGCGUGCAGAAGCUCAGCGAGUUCUUCUCCAGCGACGAGAUCGGGGAGGAACAGGAGCCCCGGGUGACGCUGCCCUCCGGCUCCAGCAAUCACAACCAAAAUAAAUACCAAGCUGUGUCGCCCUCUAAACCUGUCCCCUCGUCCUCCUCCUUCUUGUCCCUUCACCGCCAGCCCUUGAAGGUGGUGAACCGGAAGCGCCCCCCGAGGGACGACUGGAACAACUACAGCUCUCAGGGGGAGCGCGAGGGCGACCGGGCGUCCGUGGACGUGGACCCAGACACUUGUAUCAAGAUAAACUGUGGUUAUUUCACGUGGACUGAUGGACCUCCAACGCUUUCUAAUGUGGACAUCAGGAUUCCUUUUGGCAAGCUGACCAUGAUUGUGGGACAGGUCGGCUGUGGGAAGUCUUCUCUGCUGCUGGCAGCGCUUGGAGAGAUGCAGCGAGUGUCGGGAACUGUCAUCUGGAACAGUCAGCCACAUCUGGAGUCUGAGGGGGAUGAAAGCCCCACAGACAAAGAAGCAGCAAGUGACGGCGACAUCAGGAAGAGAGACGCCGUGGCCUACGCCUCCCAGAAGCCCUGGCUGCUGAACACCAGCGUGGUGGAGAACAUCACCUUCGAGAUGCCCAUGAUCAAAUCAAGAUACAAAGCUGUCGUCGAAGCCUGUUCUCUCCAGCCUGACAUCGACAUCCUUCCGCAGGGAGACCAGACGGAGAUCGGCGAGCGGGGCAUCAUCCUGUCGGGGGGGCAGAAGCAGCGGAUCAGCGUCGCCCGGGCCUUGUACCAGCAGACCAGCGUGGUCUUCCUGGACGACCCUUUCUCUGCCCUGGACAUCCACCUGAGUGAUCACCUGAUGCAGGACGGCAUCCUGAAGCUGCUGAGAGAAGAGAAGAGGACGGUGGUGCUGGUCACGCACAAACUUCAGUACCUGCCACACGCAGACUGGAUUAUAGCCAUGAAAGAUGGCACCAUCCACACAGAAGGGACCCUGAAGGACAUCCAGAACUCCGAGCCUGAGCUGUUCGAGCAGUGGAAAACCCUGAUGAACAGACAGGACCAGGAGUUUGAAAAGGAGACGGAGGCGGCCAGUAUGACAGACAUGGAGCGGAACAACCUGCGGAGGGCCAUGUACUCCAGAGAGGCCGUCCGGACCGAGGAGGACGAGGAAGGUGGCACCCCGGGGUGGACCUCUGCAGUGCCAGGUGCCGCCCUCAUAUUCGAUCGAGCAGAGGAGUCUCUGGAGAGCGACGAGGACGACGACCUGUCGCAGGCGAUGCGCCAGCGCGCCACCAUCCCGUGGCGCUCGUGCGGCACCUACCUGUCGUCCGCCGGCCUGCUGCUGCUCAACCUGCUCCUGCUGUCGCAGCUGCUCAAGCACUCCCUCAUGGUCGCCAUCGACUACUGGCUGGCGCACUGGACGUCGCACGUCAUCACGGCGGCGCCGCGCAACUGCACCGCGCUGCAGGGCUGUGGCUUCAGACACGCCUGGUACCUGUCCAUCUUCAGCGUGCUGUGCUGCCUGGGCAUCGUCCUGUGUCUGGCCACGUCUGUGGCUGUGGAGUGGACCGGCCUCCGAGUGGCCAAGGAGCUCCACCACAACCUGCUCAACAAGAUCAUACUGGCCCCCAUGAGGCUCUUUGAGACCACGCCGCUCGGCAGCAUCCUCAACCGCUUCUCCACGGACACCAACACCAUCGACCAGCACAUCCCCACCACCCUGGAGUGCCUGACGCGCUCCACCCUGCUGUGCGCGUCGGCCCUGGGCGUCAUCUCCUACGUGACCCCCGUCUUCCUCAUCGCCCUCCUGCCGCUGGCCGUCAUCUGCUACUUCAUUCAGAAAUACUUCCGGGUGGCCUCCAGGGACCUGCAGCAGCUGGAGGACAGCACCCAGCUGCCGUUGCUCUCCCACUUCUCUGAGACAGUGGAGGGUCUCACCACCAUCAGAGCCCUCAGGUACGAGCCCAGGUUCAGACAGAGGCUGCUGCAGUUCACCGACGCCAACAACAUCGCCUCGCUCUUCCUCACGGCGGCCAACCGUUGGCUGGAGGUCCGCAUGGAGUACAUCGGCGCGUGUGUGGUGCUGGUGGCAGCCGUCGCCUCCAUCACCAACUCCCUGUACAACCAGCUGUCCUCCGGCCUGGUGGGGCUCGGCCUGACGUACGCGCUCAUGGUAUCAAACUACAUGAACUGGAUGGUGCGCAACCUGGCAGACAUGGAGGUGCAGCUCGGCUCAGUGAAGCGGAUCAACGGCCUGCUCCAGACCGAACCAGAGAACUAUGAGGGUCUGCUCACUGUGUCCCAGGUCCCCGACGGCUGGCCCCGGCAGGGAGAGAUCAAGAUCCAGAAUCUGAGCGUCCGGUACGACGCCUCGCUCAAGCCCGUGCUCAAGAACGUCAACGCCCACAUCAGCCCCGGAGAGAAGGUCGGGAUCUGUGGCAGAACCGGCAGCGGAAAGUCCUCCUUCUCCUUGGCCUUCUUCCGCAUGGUGGACACGUUUGAGGGGAGGAUUGUGAUUGACAACAUCGACAUCGCCAAGCUGCCUCUGCAGACCCUCCGGUCCCGCCUGUCCAUCAUCCUCCAGGACCCCUUCCUGUUCAGCGGCACCAUUCGGUUCAACCUGGACCCAGAGGUGAAGGCCACGGACGAGAUGCUGUGGGAGGCUCUAGAGAUCGCCCAGUUGAAGCCUGUGGUUAAAUCCCUGCCGGGGGGCCUGGAUGCGGUGGUGACGGAGGGAGGAGAGAACUUCAGCCAGGGCCAGAGGCAGCUGUUCUGUCUGGCCAGAGCCUUCGUCAGGAAGAGCAGCAUCCUAAUCAUGGACGAAGCCACCGCGUCCAUCGACAUGGCAACGGAGAGCAUCCUGCAGAAGGUGGUGAUGACUGCCUUUGCCGACCGAACAGUAGUAACUAUCGCCCACCGCGUCCACACCAUCCUGAAUGCCGACCUGGUGAUUGUGAUGAAGCGGGGGAUCAUCCUGGAGUACGACAGACCCCAGGCCCUGCUGGACAAGGAGGACAGCGUCUUCGCCUCCUUCGUGCAGGCAGACAAGUAGCACAAGAAGAAGAAGAAGAAGAGGAGAGGAAGCGUUAAAGGAAGACAUUCGAAGUGCAAUUGUUCCAUGGAAUAUAUUCCUUUUAUUUUUUAAUCAUGUAUUAUAUUUGUACAUAAAAUGUUAAUUCUUUGUUAAUAAAACAUAAAUUAUCAUCUAA